AUGACUUCGCCAAACCGGCCUUGGCUUAGCCACGAUGAUAGUUACUAUCACUCCUCCUUGCAUACGCGGACAAAGACCCUGACAUCACUGAUCCGGACCCGAUCUCAACAAAGCCUGACGAGUCUACGGCCAGCAGCUCCGACGCCGCGCCAUCUCGUAGACGAUGAGGAGACAGGGUCCAUGCGCAAUUCGUGGAUGCGCAACGAAGAUGAAGAGAUCGAGAGACUCUUGCGAGAUGAGCAUCGAUUGUCACAGAUUCUUCUUGGCCCACAGGCGCGGAGCUUGAAGCUCAUUGGGCGAAGUAACCCGCGAUAUCGCUGGGAACGGUAUUGGAAGACGAAAGAGCAGCUCAAUGACAUGAAGAAGCCCCUACGUGAAUUCUACCAGAGAACGAAUUCUCUGAUCCAGCAAUACAUGUACAUUGACUGUCUUCUCGACUCUUCUAUUCCCCAUGAGUUGUUGAACGAAUAUGCAAACGAACUAGAGGCUUCAGCUUUUAAGCCUGUUGAUGUCCCUGAUACUAUUGCUGAAGAAACCCCCCAAGCCUCAUACAAAACUCAGUCACACCUGAACCAGAUUGCCGGGUCGUACGGCUCGAUUAACAACUUUGCUAGCGGACACAAUAGUAGCUCAUCAUCUACGCUCAAAACAGCACUCCCCCAGAGGCGAACCCCAAAGGAUAUCUUUCGCUCUUCGGAGAAUUUGCCGCUGCUGCAGCACGAGGAUGACGAGGCGAAUGAGUCGAAUUCGCGACUGCAAUCUCCCCAACCAAACGUUUCGCCCAAGGAAGCUGGCCCACAGCCGAAUCUUCCAUGGCUGGAAGACGCUGAUCUGGACCACGACGAUCCUAUUGUGGCCUUGGCCAUUUGGAUCAAUCUCAUCGCAAACAUCAUCCUCCUGGCAGGAAAAAUUGCCGUCAUCAUCUCGGUCCCAUCCAUGUCCGUUCUCGCGGCUUUAGUUGAUGCAGUUCUCGAUUUGUUGAGUACUGCCAUCGUCUGGACCACAACCCGGCUGAUAUCAUCAAGCCAACGGGAUCAACAUAACUAUCCUGUUGGGCGAUCACGACUUGAACCUCUCGGAGUGCUGGUUUUCUCAGUCAUCAUGGUAACUUCUUUCUGCCAAGUUAGCCUGGAAUGUAUCCAGCGGCUUGCUGGACCAAACCACCAAGUCCUCCAAUUGGGCCUGCCAGCCAUCGUUAUCAUGAUAACGACUAUUGUAAUCAAGGGCGGCUGUUGGCUGUGGUGCCGCCUCGUCAGAAAUUCAAGUGUCCGAGCCCUAGCCGAUGAUGCAAUUACGGAUGUCGUAUUCAAUAUUGGCUCCAUCUUGUUUCCCCUGGUUGGCUUUUAUGGUCGAAUCUGGUGGCUUGACGCUUCCGGUGGUCUUGUCCUCUCCCUCGUUGUCAUCACCAUCUGGAGCCGCACUUCGGCUCAACACAUCCGCAACCUAACCGGCUUCUCUGCCCAACCUGACGAGCGAAACCUGCUUCUCUAUCUCACCAUGCGCUUUGCCACCGCCAUCCGCCAGAUUCAGAACCUGCGCGCGUAUCACGCGGGCGACAAGCUCUUCGUGGAGGUGGAUAUUGUGCUCUCAGCCAAUACACCGCUUAAGGAUAGCCAUGACUUGAGUGAGGUGCUGACCUAUUUCCUCGAGUCGGUGCCUAUUGUAGACAGGGCAUUUGUCCACGUAGAUUACCUGAGCUAUAAUGCGCCAACGCACAUGCUCAAGCAGCCUGCUUCAUGA